UGCUCGGUCGUGGCAUCGAACGAACGGCGAAACUGAGUGUUAUUUCGAAGGGGGAAGUGCGCGCGUCGUGCAAGUGAGACGGUACAAUCGACGAUAGUGGGGAAGCCGAGUGUAACCGAGCGAGAGACGAAGCAAGACCGACAAAGACCCAGCAAGACCGCAACAUGACGAACGCCCGGCAGCAGCCGAGGUGCGGGCAGUCUGCGCACGGACAUCGAUCGAAGCUCACGUUCAGUUAUAUCCACUCCCCAAAAUUCCCGGUGUUUUCCUUUCGAUUCAUUGACACACCGCGUAUAACGAAGUUCGAGACGCGAACGAUUGCGACGCAAUUUACGACACGCCGACCCCUCGAUCCUGUGAGUCGUGUUUCGAUGUGGUGACAUUUGUGCCUUUUGGAGAAAAAGACUGAAAAUCAUCGUUGUCCCGGGCCACCUCGAUUCUACAAUCCUGCCAAUUCAACAUUUACAUUCUGCUAAUCGUCAUAAAUCGAUUGAACAGAAGCAUGGUUUGUGGCUAACCUCUACACAUUCGUCACCGAUGAGUCAAGCAUCCUAAGGAUUUGUGCAUGGGGAUUCCAUAGUACGUAGAAAUUCUUAUAUAAGAUAGAUCUGUGAGCACAACCAUAUCGGAGUGUCAAUAAUGCUUUAAUAAUAAUCUUUGACUGUCGGCUUUUCUGCAAAAACAGCAAUUGAAAUUGUGGAAGGAUGUUUAAGAGGCUGUCGAAGUCGAGGCGGCACAGCGCCGAUGACGUGGCCCUUUCGUUAUCGAGCCCGACGACCCUGGACGAGCCACCGGGGACGUCUACACCGCGGGACAACUGUCAGAGCAUCAGUCCAGCCGCCCUGCUGAGGGUUUCGAGGACGAAGUACACCAGGAGAAGCUGCGGGGACGCGAGCGCCAUGCAGGCGUUACUCGCCACCAGCAAGCAGGAACAGGAGCAGGACGCAGCCGAGGCGGAUUAUCAAAUGGUCACGGCCGUUCCUGCCUUCAUCGUUGAGCACGAGCCCGAGAAACAACGUGGCUCGAGUUUCGGAGUGUGGGGUCGAAGGAUGAGCAAGAAGAUAGACUCGUUCCGUCGGGCUGGUUCCCGCGAAACGAUCUGCUCAAUUUCCGAGAGGCCGGACACAGGGAACAGCGGGAACAACAACAACAUGGCCGCAGCGAGCAACAACAACAAUAACAACAAUAUCAAUUUGAAAACGGAGAAACCGUUACAGGCGGAGCACGGGAAGCUGGAAAGCAAAUUGGAAAGCAAACUGGAGAAGAGAAUACCCGGAGGUACGUUUCACAGAUCACCCUCGCCCUUCAAAUCCUUCUUCAUCCGCAUGGGUUCGACGGGGAUGUUGAACUCGGCCAGAGGCAACAGACGCUCCCAGAACAUCGAGGACAGGUUGAAAACGUGCGAGAAGGAGAAUUUGUUCCGAAGUUGCAGCACCAGCCAGUUGAACACCAGCCCGACCUACGUGAAAGGAGACGAUCCGUCGGAGGGGAUAGAUCUUCAGAUAGCUAAUCGAAAAGACAAGACCGUGUCUUGCGACAACCUGGCCGGUCGUCAGAACGACGAAGCGUUCGACGAGCGCGUGAACGACGCGUCCGCGAAUCUGUAUCCGCUCGGGAACAACGGGCCCAUAACGAGUUUCAGCCCGUGCGACUUUGGACAAUCGCGGAACGAGUCUCCCAUGCGGAAGAGCAGCAGCUGCGACUUCAAGGAGGCGAAGAAAUCCAGCUUCCCGUACGCAUUCCUGCGAUCGAAGCUCUCCGUCCUGCCCGAGGAACGUCACAGCACGUUCGCCUCGAAGGACGAGCGCCUGUUCAAGACUGCGUCCGAGGAGCACUUCCCCGCGUUGAAGAUCGAGGACACGUACACGGGCACGACCACGCUUGGUCGGCGACGAGCCAGGAACGGGAAUAUGUCCAGGGGGAGCCCCAACAAGGAACCGUCCGCCUCGAAAUCGGGGCGGAACUCGUACACGGAGUUUCGAAAGAGUGCGAGCAGCAGGUGCGAGGACAGGUACAGUCUGAAUCCGGGACACUUGGAGAGGAUCGACGACAACUUCCAGCAGGAGGACACCGGAUGUUACAGCUCGUACGACAGCAGUCCGAUGUCUCUUAGAGGGAACGCAGGCGUCCAGCAUCCGGAUGCCGGCCAGGAUAGAGUGGACUUCGCAGGAAGGAUGAACGAGGCUAGAUUCUCGGAGACGUCCUCGUUGAACGUGGACCUGGACAUGGUGGCCACGCUGAGGAAACACAGGAGGAACUCGGCCCCGAGUGGCGAGCAGAGGCUCUCCUCUCACUACGUGAGCUCGAACGAGUCCGGCUACGACAGCGACGGGCCCAGAGGGGAGUCAGCGGCCGCUUCUGAGAACGAAGGUUUGAGCCUGAAGUGCACGGACAGCUCGGACACCAGCAGCGUGGUCGAUUCGGAACUGGAGAAACCUAUAAGGAGUUCCACUCCGAGCGAGUGCCAGGAACAGGAGAACAGCAACGAAACCAGGACGAGGAAGAACUCCGAAACGGAGGGCGUGAUGAGAGCCGGAAAUUCCGAGUUGAACGACGGUAUAGACGGGCUUAGGUGGCACCAGAGCAAUUCUGGCAGAUUGUUGCCGAGCAUACAUCAGACUUACGACGAUGCCGCGAUGAACUCCCAGUUCCCAGUUUGUGGGAAUGGGCUGACCGCGUUGCAGAACUCGUCCAAGUCGUUGGACAUUUCGCCUCAUAGAAUGAGACUUCAGCAGGACAAGACUAGGUUUCUUAGCGAUAUUAUUCAGCCGCCUAAGAGAGUGAGGAGAUGUCGGUUGGUGCAGUUGCAUAAGAGGGAUCCGAAGGAAAGCUUGGGUAUCCGGUUGGCGCAGCAACGCUUGCCCGAGCUGCGGUACAUCGUUGUUCAGCUGGAGAGCGAUGGAAUAGCUCAUAGAGACGGAAGACUAAGGCUGGGCGACGAGAUCGUGGAGGUGGAAGGCAAGGAGUUGAGGACAUUGGAGAGCCUCGAGGAGGUCCAAGAGUUUCUGAGAUCCUUCACGGGCAACAAGAUACGUUUGAUGACCGCGUAUGAAGAGACUGUGCCACAAGUGUACGUAAGCCCGCCGACCUUACCUGGGGAGUACGAGUACCUGGAAAACGCAAAGAACCUUUCCAAUCUGUCGUUGAUCGACAGCGAAACGAAGCAAACAGUACAAUCGGAGGAAUCGGGCAAAUCCACCGCGGACGAAGUAGUCCAAUCCUCGAAAAGGCCAGACUUUUUACCGCUCUCCUGCGUGUCCAAGGAGCGAAAAGGCGGCGAGAGUAAUUUGGAAUCGGCCACGGAGCCGCAACAUUAUUUGACGAGGCAUAUCGCCAAAUUCGAGAAAGGCUACGGCAAGCCUAGCCUUGGUUUCAGCGUCGUGGGUGGUAGGGACAGCCCUCGUGGUGAGAUGGGCAUCUUCGUGAGAAGGGUUUUUCCUGGUGGCCAGGCUGAUGUCUCCAAGUCAUUGUUUCAAGGUGACGAAAUUUUAAGUUUAAAUGGAAAAGUACUGCGUGGUUAUACUCAUCAAGAAGUAAUCGAAUUAUUUAAGGCAGUAAGGGAAGGUCCUGUCGAGUUAGAAAUCACAAGGAGACACAGGUAUCCAAAAAGUACGCAAAAAUCCGCGCCAUGCUGAGAAGGAGGCAAUGUGGACGAAUCUGCCCACCGGAAGUGCUCUUUCGAAUCGAUUUUAAACGACCUAACGUUCGCUGCAUACGAAGUUUUAGGAUUCUAGUCUAUCAGAACGAAUCUUUGAUCUUUGAUGUUUGUUUCAAUUAAUUUAUUUAACGCGGUGUCGCAAUUGCGUAAUGAUUAAGUUUAUUAUCAAAUGGUUAUUAUUAUUAUUAUUAUUGAUUAUUAUUGACUAUUAUUAUUAUAUUAUUUUUAUUAUUAUAUUAUAUUAUUAUCAUGACUAUAAGAUUUUAUACAGGUACAUUGAAACAGCGUGAAUUUAUUGUAUGCAAUUUCUUUUAUUAUUAUUAUUAUUAUUUUUUAUUAUUAUUACUAUUAUUACUAUUUUUUAU